AAUAAAUCAACUGCGCAGUAUUGAGAUAGUGUAACUAUAACCUGCGUCAGUGGAAGGCCGAGCAACAAGUCUAGAGACGAGACGAGUACAAGUACAGCGUGGUUAAAAGAAAUGGAUGAGAAAUUCUCCGAGUCGACGAGCGAGGGACAAUUUGGUAGUGAUCCAAGAGAAUCUGAAGGUGGAGAAACGGGACGCAUGGAAGAAGGUCAAGGUCGUUCGGAUACCCACUCAGACAAAGGUCUAGGUCAGGCUGUUCCUACUGAAAUGUUUCAGUCGGUUGGACCAGACGAAUUGGGUAAAUCACUAAUAGUGGAAGAGCUGGAAAACGUAAAGCAGAAACAGGUGAUUACGCCAUUCAAGUCUCCACCACCUGAAGUUGUGAUCUCGGAGGUUUUCAACCUUGAAGAACUUUUGGAGAAUGUUGACAAGUGCGGUAGAUAUCGUUACAUUGUUGUAAAUGCUACCGCUGAUAAAGCCAGCGUCCUCAUUAAGACGCAGAAUGCGUUGUUCGACGUGUUAAAACUUUGCGACGCCAUCUCCUUAAUCGUUCAAAAUUUUCAAAGCGGUGCCUGCAACAUUUUAGAAAAGUUAAGAGUUGCUUGUCUGUACCUUCAAGACGGCUUCCCAGAUUUUGCAAUGGCAGAUAUUGAAUCUACUAGUCAGGAUGUUGCUAUGAUGAGAGAGCGAUGCGGGAAGACUCUUGAUAAGGUGCCAGUUGAUGAUUUGCUUUCUAUGGAUAAUACCGUCACGAAGGACUUGGAGCGGAGGAGAUCUGAUCUUCCAGAAGGUUUCGCGUGGGAUGAAAUGCUGUCGUUUAUGGCAAUCCCCGAAGAGAAGAGCAGUGCAGCAGCACCUUCUAUGACUGGGCAAGGAAUAGAUUCCAGUAAGAUGCAGGAUAGGAUCAUCUCAUCAGACGAGAUGCAGAGCUCCUUGGAAGCGAUACAAGAAUUUCCAAAUAAAAUAGAUCAGUUAGGUCGACUUGUGGAUGAAGAAAAGGCAAGGGAAUUGAAGGCCAUGACUGGUGACAUUGAUGAUAAACUUACAAAGCUUCCGUCAGACACUCAGGACGAAACAGUGUACACAAGCGACGGGGCAGAUGGUAUAUCUCUGAUAUAUGUCCCAUCCGUUGAAAAGGUUCUUGAGCUGAUUUCCGACGACGACGAGUCCAAGUGCCAUUACUACCCUGUUGCAUGGAUGCUAAAGGAAAUCAAUUGCGUGUGGACCGACCUCAAAGAUGUCUAUACCAUCUUGGUAUAUAAAUAUCUUGCCUACAGAGAGCCUCUGGCAGCCACCAACACAGAGCCUCUGGCAGCCACCAACACAGAAGAUGAUGAGUCACGAUCCUCAGAGAAGCGAAUUCUCGACCCAGGCGCCCUUGAUAGGAUUGAUAGCUACAUGAGAGCUAAGCUGACAUCAGUUAUUGUAAAAAUUGUAAAGGAGUUAUACAUCAAUAUCAGAAAGGUGAUAAAAGAUGCCCUUGACCUCACGGAAAAAUGGUACCAAGAGUGCAAGACUUUGGUGGAGCCGGUCAUGAAGUUCAACCUUGAGAAGACCCAGGAGAUGUCCAAGGAAGAGCAGGAUAAAUUCUGGCAGACUUGUGACCCAGAGUUUGCGAACAGGGCUGAAGCUUACUUGGAAAGGUGGCGUAAACUGCACGAAUUCUGCGAUGUUCAUCGGAAGGGUAUAAAAAAAUUGAGAGGGACAAUUGAGGGUUACUACAUUGAUAACCCAUACCCUCGAGAGGCAGUCAAGGCCUCGUGGAAACUGGCCGCUGAAGAGGAAAAUGAAAAGCGAAUCGGUGAAGUGGUUGAUGAGUGGAGAUCGUACAUGCCGGCAGAGGUCGUUGGCCGAAUCCUUGGGAGAUGUGUGUAAACGUGUUUCGACUGCCUGUGACGGGCCUCGUCCCGUCGCCAGGAGAAGAGACGAUCAGGAUGAAAGAAUAUGCUUCCCAGGGAGUCUAGGCGUCCGAGGCUGGGCAAUUGUUGGCUUGAAUCUCGUUUUGAAUACAUUUACUUAUAUCAUGCACAGUGUACGAUAUGGAAUUUGAUUUCAUAGCACUUAUAAAGUUAUUUUAUGUGUAAAUGAACAUGUCGUACAGCUGUACAUUGGACACUCUCCGGAUCGAGGUGACAACAAAUAUGGCGUCAGUGUGAUCGUCAUUGGACUGUAUUUCAUGUUUCAUCUUGUGCGCUUUAAAUUUGCUGGUAUACCUAUAUCGUCUGUGUGUAAUAUAUAUUCAAUGCUAAUAAAGAGUAGGGCUUUUACUUGGUA